AUGAAAUUCCUUCUUGAUGGAGAUCUUUAUUUGGCAAUAUUAUCUCCAGAAGGGGAAUUAACACCUCCAACAUCAGGACUCAAUAAAAGUACACUAGAGAGCCUUCAUAUCGUAUUUCCAAUUUAUAAUCAAUUUGAAUUAAAGCAAAUAUCGAAAGAAAUGGCAACAUGUCAUAAUAAAUUAGAACCAAUUACAUCCAGAUUCUUUCCUUUGAUAUACCAACCUGAAAUAAUUACAAUUCUUACCUCGAAAUCAGAUUUUAUUUUGGAAUACUAUUCAUAUAUUUCAUAUUACAUAUUAACAACGUACUUAUCAUGGGAAAUGAACUACACUCCUACUAAGAAUCCUAUAUAUUCUGUUCCUUUGUUAGAAUCAAUUCUAGAAAUUUGUUGUCCAAAAGGAGUAGUAAUCAAUCAAAAGAUAUACACUAUGGGGAUAUCAGCAUUUUACAUGAUAUUUUCAAAAAUUGCAAAACAAUCAAAUUUUUCAUUAUUUGCUCCAUUUUUUGAGCCAUUACAAGUUUAUUUCAUCUCAUUACCAGAAUUACCAGAUGAGUCAAUAAAUCUUUUAGCAUCAGCUCUAGAACAAUUAACAAAUCAUUCAAAUUUUCAAAUUACAAACGACAUCAUUCCUUUAUUGAAUAUAAUCUCGAAAUACAUAUAUGAAUUCCCUGGCGAAAUAUCCCAUAGCAUUCUCGAUCAAAUUAUUUCACCUUUGGAAUAUCAAAUUUCAAAGUUAUCAUAUGAAGGUUUAAACUUCUUAUCAUUGAUUGCAAACAGAAUACCAGAUGAUGUAUUGCUCAGAUUAUUCGCAUUAUUCACAAAUUCUUUAACAUCUUUUAUAUCAAGCACAAAAUUUAAAUUUCCACAACCAAUUGAUGAAAUUCGUGAAGAUCUACCAACAAUGCCUGUAAAGGAAGCAACGUACAGAGUUGAAUCAAAGAAAACUUUCUUAAAUGGAAUUAAAUUUCAAAAUCCUCCGAAUUUUCCUGACAAACUUGAACUGAAGACCAUUUUAACCAAAGAUUUAUUCAUCAGACUAUCUCUCAUCGUUAAAUCAUGUUCACACAGCGAAUCUGUCUCCAAAUUAUUAAUAAAUAACAUUGAACUUAUACUAAUUAACUCGAAAGACCAACCAUUCUAUCUUGGCUUGACAGCAACAUAUCUAUAUCUAUGCAAACACCUCAAUAAAUACUUAGAUCGACCAACAAUGAUAAGUAUUUUGUUGUCAAAACCGUAUUUCGAUCCAAACAUAACCGUUUUUGACAAUUUAAAGGAUUUUGAAUCAAUUGAUACUAUGAGAUAUAGUAUAUUAGAAUUAGUUGUUAAAGAAGGCUUCGAUGCGAUCAAUGUUGCUAUACAAACAUGGAUUUUGCAACCUCCUCUUUUUGCAGAAAUAAUUUUGAGAAUAAAUCGGUUGUUAACUGUAGAAAUGUUCAAUUACAAGACAACAAUACAGUUCUCGAAGACGUUAAUGGCUAUAUCAUUGUAUUACCAACAGAUGAACUUCACAACUAAUUCUCCUUAUGUAGAAACAACGAGAAAAGCAAUUUUUAUGUUGAUUACGAGAAUUUUAGAAUAUCAAGAAUUGCAAAAAUUGUUUUAUAAUUGUUCUAUAUUUAAUACAUUUUUCUUUUCAUUUAUUUUUGAAGAGCCAUUACGGCCUUUCAUUUUAUCCAAUUUUUUGCAGUUUUUGACAACAAAUUUUGCAAAUGAAAUGAUUGUUUCUUCAAUUGCACAAAUUUUUGAUAUUUGCUGCAGUUACAUCGACCAAGAAGACUAUCAGAUCAUUGCAACUUCCAUAUUACAAGUCCUCAAUGACUCUUUGAUACAUAACUCCCAAAAUGUUCAACCUUUUUCUCACUUUUCUGGUCCAAUUUUGACUUCACUUCCAAGAUUAAAAGUGACAGAAUCUUCUCAAACUUUGAUGUUGAAUUUUCUUCACUUUUUGACAUUGAUUUCCAACAAAAUUUCAUCUCCGCAAGUUUUGUCAUUGAACUCAACAUUGAAUAGAGUAUUUGCUGAUGACUUUCCUAAUGUUCUUCAACAGAAACUUUUGCAAUUUAUUGCAGGAGAACCAUUGACUUCAAUGAAACCAAAUUUUAUAAUAGGCCAACCAAAAAUUUUACAAAUUUAUCUUGAUUUUUCUAUCAACAAAAGUGAAGAUCCACUUAAAUGCAUGCAAUAUAUUUAUGAUCUACUGAAUGCAUCGAUGUCUAAUAUUAUUGUUUGUCAUGAAACUAAUUUCGAUGUGAGUUUACUUGAACUCAUAAAUAAAAUGGCAGGAAAUGAAGAAAAAUCAGAAUUAGUUAAAUUAUUAAUGGACAUUUUCUGUAAGAUAGCUAUUGAAUCAUCAUCUGUCAAUGUUGUACAUAAGUUUGUAUCAUUCAUGAGUCCUAUAAAUGGAAGAUAUCUUCCAAAUAACCAAGAACUUUAUCUCAAAACUUUAAAUGUUUUGUUAAUUGAUGAACUCAAAAAACCAAAUGGUUAUUUAUCAUAUAUUUCUAAAGGAGAUUACUUAGAAAUAAAUGGUGUGACGGGUGAAAUGAUAAAUGAUGAUUUCACAGCAAGUUGUUGGAUAUUUAUUGAUAACGCUGUUGCUCAAUAUAAACCAAUUUUGUUUUCAGUUGUUGAUUCGAGAGAUAGAAGAUUAGUUUUGUUUAUAUCAGGUGGAAACUUGUUCUGCACACAGAGGAAUACAACUGAAGAAUCAACAGGUCACUUGGAAAUCAAACUUCCAUUGAUGUCAUGGAUUUUCAUGACUUUUACUUAUAAAAAUAAUAAAGAUGGUUCACAAGUAAAAGUGACAUAUAAUUUGGUCGAAUCAAAAACAAUGGAUUUCAGUUUGAUGUCGCUUGAAAAAGGACCUCUUAAAAUAACUUACGGAGGUUUCGUAAAUGAACCAUUCCAGACAAGACAAAAUGUUAAAAUUUGUUCUUUGUCUUUACACUCGCCAUCGAUUAAAACCGCUGAAAUUCAAAAUAUUUACAACGGUGGUUUACUUUACACAACUUUUGACACUAACCAGACAUUGUUCGCUUACGUCUUGAAAUCAAGCGGUAUUAAAUUAACCGCAAUCCAAAGAUACGUGUCAAAACCGUCAAUUUCAAUAAAUGUAAAUUGCACGGAAACAAUUUUACCACAGAGCUUUGCAAGCUGCUUGACUAACUAUUGCAAGCCUGAAAUAUUAUUACCUCUCUUCGCCCAAUUCGAUAUGACAUUUGUAGACAUGACGAAAAUGUCAAAUUUGCCAAAACUUGUCAUUGAAUGUUUAAGUAAUUGUUUAUUUUUAUCCAACGAAACACAAGAAGAUUUCCACAAUUCCAAUGGUUUCUCGGUCAUAUCCCAUUUAUUAAACAAUCUCUCCACAGAACACAUUAAUUACCAUUUGUACACACAGUUCUUUGGCUUGUUACAAUCCUUGAAUUCACAAGAACUCCAAUUUGACAUCAUUUCUGAAAUUUUGUUGUUCGUUCCUUUGUGGAUGAAAAGUGACUAUGAAAACCAUAUUAAAAUAUUGAGACAUUGGGGAAGAGUAUUAUUCCCAAGUUUCAAAAAUUUGAUACAAAGCAGAAUUCCAAUAAGAACAUUCUUUUCGAUGUUGAGAUUAUAUUAUUUCUACGAACAAAGUGAAAACAUCGAAUUUAAUGUUCCAAGAUUUGAUUCAAAAAGAGAAAAUAUUAAUGAAUGUCGACAAACAAUAUUGAUGUCAUUGAUUGAUAUGGCCAUUGAUACAUUCUGUCAAAAAGACUUGCAAUUGUUUGUUUCUCAUUGUUUGACAAUUGUUGAAACAGAACAAGUCAGUGAUUUAUUGGAAUUUUUGGAAGAACUUUCGAAGAAAUCUCCAUUAACUAUCAAAAGAAUUGACUUUGAUUGUUGUUCUUUCCUUUUCUCAUUGAUACAAAGGAACACAGACAAUAUGAUGAGAAGAGUUAUAUCUCUAUUAAUUACAUUGUCACAAAACAACAUCUUGAUUUAUCCUUUGGAUUCCGUUUUCCAAGUUUUUCUGACAAAAUUGACACCAAAUUAUGUCAAUUUUUCUUUAUUCGAAUAUAUUUUGACGAAAGUCAAAUUUGGAAUACAUGAAUUGUUCCCUGUUUUAGUUUGGAUGUCUUUAGUUUUGGGUUUGAACUAUACAAAAAGAAUAUUUUCGGAAGUUAAACCUUUCAAAGACUUCACAACCCAUUUGUAUUGGUCUGUUUGGCCAAUUAUAAGUUUAUAUCAUUACAAUGACAGUGAUUUGAAUUCCAUGAUAUAUGAAUUCAUUUCAAAAUGCUCCAUUAACAAUAUAAGUGUUUUGUUUUGCAUGAUAUCGAUUGUAGGGCAUUGUUUAAAUGUUGAUUCAAGUGAAAUGAAGUCAAACUUUUUAACAAAUGUUGCACAAAUGAUGACAAGUGACAGAAAAUUAUCGAAAGCAGAUAUUUCUUCAUUUUUCAAUGUCACAAAAUUCUUUUUGUUCUACAGAUCAAACAAAGAAAAGAAUAAGACAUUGCAAAGAUUGUACAAAGAAUCUGAUUUCUUCACAUCGAAUGAUUUCGUGAUUACAGAUCCAAACCAAAGAUUGAAGAUGAAACAAAGUAUGUCAUUGAAUAAUUUGUCACAUACUUUUGCUCCUCAACAAAUUCCUCUUGAAAAAUUAUCCAAAAAUAGAUCAUCAGAGAAUUUGAUUCAUAAUUCAUCUCCUUUAAUAUUUUACGAGGAUGAUAACCAGACAAAUCCAUCAUUAUUAGAAAAUACCUUCCAAAAUAAAUCAUCUGGAAAAGAAAAUCAAAAAUUAGAAUUAGAAAAAGUGACAGAUAAUAAUUCUAAUUCUUCAAAAGAUAUUCAAGUGAAAAUUUUGACACAAAAUGAAACAAGUUCUAAUGGAAAAGAAACAUCAUCUGAUGAAAUACCAAUUACAGAAAACAAUGCUUCAAUUGCAGAUGGAAAACAUAAUAUGUUCAAUGAUGAUAAAGUGA